AUGGCUCCCAACCUCUUCCUCUGCCUGCGCGCGACCUUCUGCCCCUCCUACUGGUUCAACCGUGGCGAGCGCAUCAAUGGCUCCCUCCACCGCGAAGAACACUGGGAAUCGCCCGUCCCCGGCAUGUACAAGUACAUCCCGGGACUCGGAUGGCACCUCACCUCCCGCGACGAUCGCGACCACGACGAGAAGGUCCCCGUCCCCCUCGUCUACUGCCGCAUCCUCCACCGCUUCAUCUUCGAACACGACAUGGAGGACCGCUGCCGCUGGUUCACCGUUACCACCCACGAGGGCGCCGCCUCCGAGAGGCUGAUGUUCUUCCGUCUCGACGACGGCUUCACCUGGGUCGCUGCCUGGGAUUCCCAGCGUCGCUUCAUUCCGGGCCCGUACCAGAAGUGGUACCUGGAUGUGGAGACCGAUACCGUGCGUCCGGUCUUGUUUCCCGAAAGCUCGAAUGUGUCUCGGGUGAGCCUCGUGGCGGGCAAGAUGGGUUGA